UUCAAUUCGUUCAUUUUUUUUGUUUCUUUUAUAUGACUCAAAAACAGAGCAAUUGAAUUCAUUUCCUUCGAGCUGCAGCCACACAAGGAGAAGAGCAACAAAGAACGGAAGAGAGGAGCGUUUUUCUUUUAUCCUCUCUUUUGGAAUCUGCCCGCUCACCAUUUUAAUCCAAGAAGGAUCAAUUCGAUCGAUAAAUUCUUGUUGGGUUUCAUUUUCCCUGUUUUGGAAUGCGGUUUGUGGAUCAUUAUUGUAAUCCUAACCUUCUGUUGAAGAACAAGACGAACAACAAGAACAACAAAAAGGGGAAAAUCGAGAGAAAACAGGGGAUUUUCUUGAUGGGUUUCUUGGUUGAUUUUAGAGAGGGUAGUGGAAGGGAUGGACUGAGUUCAAGGAUUGGUUUCAAAGCGUUGAUAAGGAGGAAACAGGUUGAUUCUGCUCACUCAUCAUCAUCUUCUUCAUCAUCAUCAAGGCAACAUCAGUUAGCCAGAGAGCUAUCGAUUUCUCAUCUUAUUUCAAUAGGAGUUGGUGCUACUAUUGGGGCUGGAGUGUAUAUUCUUGUUGGAACUGUUGCUAGAGAGCAUUCAGGACCAUCCCUUGCUAUCUCCUUCCUUAUUGCUGGAAUAGCUGCAGCGCUUUCUGCAUUUUGCUAUGCGGAGCUUUCAAGUCGUUGCCCAUCUGCUGGAAGUGCUUAUCACUAUGCAUACAUAUGUGUUGGAGAAGGUGUUGCUUGGUUGGUUGGUUGGGCUUUGAUUCUGGAAUAUACACUUGGUGGCUCAGCUGUUGCACGUGGAAUAUCUCCAAAUUUGGCCUUAAUGUUCGGUGGCAACGAUCGGUUGCCUUCGUUUCUAGCUCGACAAACUCUACCUGGACUUGAUAUUGUUGUUGAUCCAUGUGCAGCAAUUUUAGUUUUGAUUGUCACUGCACUUUUAUGCAAGGGGAUCAAGGAGAGUAUUGCAGCACAAGCCAUUGUGACAGCAGCAAAUAUAUGUGCAAUGAUGUUUGUCAUUGUAGCUGGCUCUUAUCUCGGUUUCAAGACAGGAUGGGUUGGCUAUAGACUUCCUACAGGGUAUUUCCCCUAUGGAGUAGAUGGGAUGCUUGCUGGGUCUGCUACCGUUUUCUUCGCUUAUAUUGGUUUCGAUGCUGUGGCGAGUACUGCUGAAGAGGUGAAAAAUCCUCAACGAGAUUUGCCAGUGGGGAUAGCCUCUUCAUUAUCUCUUUGCUGUGCACUAUAUAUGUUGGUCUCGAUUGUCAUUGUUGGUCUGGUGCCUUAUUAUGAGAUGGAUCCUGACACCCCCAUCUCCUCUGCCUUUGCUCAGAAUGGGAUGCAAUGGGCAGCUUAUGUGGUGAGUGCUGGAGCUGUUACUGCGCUGUGCUCAACAUUGCUGGGUUCUAUUCUCCCUCAGCCACGAAUCUUGAUGGCAAUGGCAAGAGAUGGGUUGCUGCCCUCUUUUUUCUCGGAUGUUAGUAAAAAUACUCAAGUUCCUGUUAAGAGCACCAUAGCAAGUGGUGUUGGUGCUGCAAUCUUGGCCUUUUUCAUGGAUGUUUCAGAAUUAGCAGGGAUGGUCAGUGUUGGUACCCUUCUUGCAUUUACCACAGUGGCUGUAUCAGUGUUGAUUCUCAGAUACAUUCCACCCAAUGAGGUGCCAUUGCCAUUAUCUCUUCAAGAGCCAUUUAAUCCACUGUCCCUACCAUGUCAUAUGAGUGCUGAUGAUAUUCAUGAGAAAAAUUCGGAGAUCAAUUCUACAAAGGACAGUGCUAAACCCUUGCUUGAUAAAGUGGAUUCAUCAAUUGACAUCCCCACAAUUGGCAGCUAUCUCACUCGAUAUGGCUGCAUUCUAAAUGAGAAGAGACGACGGAAAAUUGCCGGAUGGUCCAUCUCGUCAACAUGCGUUGGGGCACUAAUCCUAACGUAUGCGGCUUCAAAUUUGAGCCUUCCAAGCUAUGUGCGGUAUUCAGUUUGCGGAAUAGGCGUUAUGCUUCUUUUAUCUGCUUUGGUUGUGCUUUCGUGCAUAGACCAAGAUGAUGCAAGGCACAACUUUGGGCACGCAGGAGGUUUCACCUGUCCGUUUGUUCCUCUACUGCCAAUUGUGUGUAUCCUCAUCAACAUGUACUUGCUCAUCAAUCUCGGAGUCAAUACAUGGGCUCGGGUGUCAGUAUGGCUAGCAAUUGGAGUGAUCGUUUACGCAGUCUACGGUCGAACCCACAGCUGUCUACACGAUGUAAUCUACGUACCAGCGGGGCAUGCCGAGAAAGUAAACAAGUACUCAAGGGAGGUGCUGGCUUGAUGGAUGAGGUUUGGUUGGAAGCCAUCAAGAGAGAAUUCAUUUAUAAGGGAUCUAUUGAUGAUUUGGUUAGGAUAUUGUUGUUUUCAUCCAUGGAGACUAAGUUGUCUCCUUGUAUUAUAGGGUUGGUUAUAGAAUUUCCUUAGCUUGUUUUAUUGUUGGGAGGAGGUUCAAACAAAUAAUGUAAAUAUGAACAACAUUUCAUUGUUCUUCCUAUAGAUAUAGUUGUAAAUAAUAUCGGAUAUCUAUUCCAAAUUUAUAUUUCA